AUGAUUCACGUGUGCAACUCGACACUGCCGACCGCACGGACGAAGCCAACCGACGACCGUUGUUCGGAGUGGGAAAUCUUGCGCCCUCAUUCCGGAGCCGGCUGCACACCGACAAACCCAUUAACCAUUGUCUGGUCAAAGCUGGAGCGUACGCAAGUGACGGUCCAUCCGCCACCGGACGAUCCCGUUCCGGCGCAAGGACAGUUCGUUGCCGGCGGCCGGAGAGCGCCAGCACCAGGGACCGGAGGAAGAACGCCCAUCCAGCGCAAAUGUCCCUUCGUGCAGGACCGUCUCGCCGUGGGUGCGCCGGGUGGCCCCGGCGAGCUGUCCCGGAUGAGGGACCUAUCGCUCAAAUCAUCCCCAUCGAUUGCGACCUCCACCUCGCGCCAAUCGACGUCCUGCUCGGAUGUGGCCCUCGAGCGCGAGGUGACGAUGUACGGCUGUUUCAAAUUCAACCCCAGCUCAAGAAAUGCUCGCCGGCUGUUCAUGACGCACAUGUUGAUAGUACUACUAAUACCAAUAGCAUCGGUCGUAAUUCAAAACAUGAUACUCCUCCAACAACAUGUGCAAUCGUACAGCGAAACCAAACUUGCCCAAGAAGAAAUGGGCUUGACGAUUAACAUUACGAGGCUGCUAAACGUGAUUCAACACGAGCGCAUGAGCCUGGUGUUUUACAUGCUGACCGGGAAAAAUCGAUCACAGGUGGAGCUGUCCAUCGUCAACACUGACGAUGCCCUUGACCACCUAAGCGACGAUCUCAAUUAUCUUCUGCAAGCGGGCGCGACCAACCAAACGCUGAUACUGGCCAUGAGCAAAGCAAGGAAAGUUAUGCUUGGAACCACCAGCCCGGAGAACGAAACAUUCACUGGGCUGGAGUACUUCGAGCCGUAUAACGCCCUCAAUCGGUACGUUAUACACCAGAUUGUCCGCAGCGCCGGUACAUCCAUCAGCUCCACGGUGUGGCGCCAGUUUGUGGUGUACAAAAACCUAAUAGAGGCCAUCGAGAAUAUCAAUAUUGCAGCGAUUCUCGUGCUGCAGUUCAUCCGCGACGGCUUCCUCGAUCUGACCGAUUUUGCUCAAUUUAUCCGCCGCGAUGCGGCCGCCCUGGACUACAUCGCUUCGGCUCAGAACUUUAUGACCUCCCUCAACAUCAUGUCGCGCUCGGAGUUCAAAGUAAUGCAGUACUGGCGUGGUCAGGUACUCAUCAACUCAUCAACCGCCGAUCGAAAGGACGCGCUGGUGGAAUACUACCAAUCUGUGACGACAAUCCUCGGCAACCUGCAAAUGGUACAGGAUCGCAUCCAGGCGAAUGUCCAGGACACGAUCCUCGAGGAGAUAUACAGUGCAAGCAAGUAUCAGUCGGUGUCGAUCACGCUCGUCGUGGUGAUAUUCGUCAUCAGUCCGAUUUUGGUGCUCAUGAUUCGAGUAGCGACCAGCACGAUACAGAACUAUUCGACCAAACUGAUGGCUCGCACGAUGGAGCUGCGGAUGGAGAAGGGUAAAUCUGACCGACUGCUUUACCAGAUGCUGCCACCGGCCGUGGUGAAGCAACUGAAGCAGCAGCGUCAAGUUCCGGCGGAAACGUUCGAUACCGUGACCAUCUUUUUCAGCGACAUCGUAGGCUUCACGGACAUUUCAGCCAGCAGCAGCGCGAUGGAGGUGGUGAUCAUGCUGAACACUCUCUAUCGACUGUUUGACUCGAUCAUUCUCAAGUACGAUGUGUACAAGGUGGAAACGAUCGGGGAUGCAUACAUGGUGGUGUCCGGUUUGCCACAGCGCAACGGGGACCGCCAUGCCGGUGAAAUUGCCAUGAUGUCGUUGGAUCUGAUAUGCGGUAUUUCGGGCUUCAGUAUACCGCACAUGAAUAAUCGAACACUAGAAAUACGCGUGGGCAUCAACACUGGGUCGUGCGUAGCAGGAGUCGUCGGUACCACUAUGCCCAGAUAUUGCCUGUUCGGAGAUACAAUCAACACGGCGUCGCGGAUGGAAUCAACUGGAGAACCAAUGAAAAUUCACAUCUCGGAAACUACCAAAGAGAUGCUGGACAAACUUGGAGGAUUCAAAAUUACACGACGUGGUACUGUGGAUGUAAAGGGCAAAGGCACCAUGGAGACAUUUUGGUUGACAGGACACUCACUUUACGAACAUCUUACGCCCGACAUGCUGAUUCCAAUGUACAAGCAAAAUGUCGUCACUGAACCAGAUUUUCUUCAGAUAAUUUAA